AUGUCAACGGUCGAAGAAGGAAUGCACGUUCAGAUGGCUCCAGGAACUUCCUCGUGGGACGCUACCAGAAUGUCUGAAGCAGAAAUUCAGCAGGCGUUAUCAGCCUCAUCGCAGGUCCAUCCCCAGAAUGCUGCUGAUUCCAAUGAGACAGCCGAGAACAGAACAACUCCCGCCAGCGGACCAGUUGUGAGGCAUAAAGAUGGUCCACGGCAAGCCCGGAUCGCCCCGCGACGUGAUCAGCUGGAACCCAACAUCAGUGACCAGCAAGCAACUUGCUUGUCCGAAAACGGCGUGGGCAACGCGCCCAACAUCACAGCCGACUGCGCCAACUGGCUGGAAAAUAUUGUGACCUCAACUUCUCCCUUUCACUACGAUCAAGGACAAGAGUUCUGGCGGUCUGGGCCUCCCAAUUUCAGUAACCAGGAACCACAGCUUGACGAUAGUGGCCAGUCCGCGACUUUUGCGAGUUGGGGCUCGCCUUUGUAUGGCGCGCUGCUCGGCUAUCCUCAAUCAAACAACGAAGGCCCUGACAAUGGCGUGGAUGAGUUGAACCGCGACACAUCCUACCCCCUGAGCCACACGGACACCGUCCAUCACACACAGGCAUCGGGCGACUUGGCUUUGCUCACCGAUACAAUGCUGGAAAAUAUUCCUUCUUGUGCACCGCAGAUCUCGGACGACGUCACAUUCAACAUGCGAGAGUUUGACCUUACGCAGUCCUUCGGCAAAGGCUUGAUUUCCGAUAGACUGCUGAGCAUUUACCAUGACAGUUUUGAGAAUUCGCUCUCUUGCUGGGUCACAGAGUCAAAUUGCCCAUAUAAGAUACCGAGGCUGCUUCUGGGGAGUCCAACCCAAAGAAGAAAGCUCCUUUCAUAUCUGGCUAGUACGCGCUUUUAUCACAGGGUCAGAAGGCUCGACAACGCUUUUUCUACUCUCCGCAGACAGCCUCUAAGCCGUGGAGAUGGCGCCAGGGCAUCCAAGGCCCUCAUGCUUGCAAUCAUGGCAUUUGCUAGCCAGUGGACCCAUUCGCAUGACGGACACCGGCGUUCGCGCUCCCUCUAUUCGGAAGCGGACGUCAACCAGCCUCAUCAGACAUCUGGGAAGGACUUUUCGGAUAUCAAUGGAACGGAUCCUUACGACUUUGAACGCCUCAUCCAGCAGAGCCUCUGGAAUGAGGCGGUUGACGCCGUCCACUCUUGCUUUAAUGUCGAUUCUUUUGAGCUCAUAUUUGCCCAGAUAAUAUUUUCCAUCAUGGAGAGACCUUCUCAUUUUGACAAGACGGAAGGUGACGAGCAUUCGAGGUUUGACUCUCGUCACAGCAAUGUAUCGUCAAUUUCGUCCGCGUUGGCUGGCAAUCCGAGGGACCGAGUUAUCCCUUGCCCAGAACGAAGAAGAAAGGCUACGGUUGGUAAUGAAAGGUAUCUUGAGAUUGCACUACAUCAUCUGCUCGCUUGGAAGAGGAGAAUCUCCUCGGCCAAGCAGCAGCAGGCAGUACGAGCUCAGUUUCCAUCGGGAAAUACUCCGAUCUUAUCACGGCCGAUUUCGCUGGAAGAUUACCAGGCGUUUGACAUGUUCUUCUGGUUCGGUGUCAUGUGCGACACGACAUCGGCGGUUCUGAGCGAUCGCUUACCUGUGAUACCUGAUACUGACUCGGUUUUUAAUCUUGACGAUGGGCAAAGAGCUUCACGUCCGGCCGGCGUCGACGUCUCACUCAGCAGACACAGCCAACCCCAGAGAGACACUACUUCAAAAGCCAGUGUUUGGGCCUCUUGUCUGGCGAAUGCUAAGCCCUCCUUAUUUGGGGUUCCAACCGUGCGAUGGCCGUGGCCGCCAGGAGUCGCCGAAGGUAUGCUGCAAGAAGCAACACCAGUCAAGGUGCUGUUGUGGAGAAAAAUUACCGUGAUCAAGGCCCUCUUGUCCAAAGAGACGACGCCGCCGUCCGUCAUCGAGAGAUGCAUCGCGGAGACAUUGAAAGUUUACGAGUAUUGGCAAGAACACUACGGCGAGUUCAUCCUGAACUGCAUCUCAAAUCACGCCCACUUGUCGUUCAAAAUCCAGUCGUGGUACGUCAUCCUUGCCAGUCACUGGCACCUAGCUGCCCUCCUUGUCGCUCAUUAUAUCGACUUGGUGGACGUGACCUUGAGGUCAGAGACCGUUCAGCGCUCGCUGCGGCAGUCAUCAGCACUGGUGUUGGAACUGCAGAAAGCCAAUGCCUAUGCUAUUGCCAACUUGGCUAGAGUGGCCAAUCCGCCAGAGUCCAAUCCAUCAAGCCACGAGCAGUCUUUCCACUACGCCAGUGCAUACGGCGCUCUCGUCACAGAACCUUGGCCGGAAGUCCUCAACCAGACUCUGACGAGGGCGUGUGAAGUGCUGUUGCUUUGGCUAUCAUCCACCAAACAACCCACCCCCGCUCCCAUUCCCACUGCCUCGCAGCAGGCCUGGAUUUCUGCCAAUACCAGCGUGUCGGAGCUGACCAAGCAUUCUACAAGUUGCAUUGAAGCUCUCAAUCUGCUCGGGAGCUGCUCUCAGCUAGCACAGCUCGCUGCAUUCUCUCUCGAGACGCGACUGAAAUCUUUGAACGAGCCUCCUCCUCCCCCUCCCCCCCAAACCUUUGAUCUCCAUUGGCAGGACUUCGGUUAUGAUAACCUGGUCUAUUGA